CAUGGCGUUUCUCAGGUACCGUUCUGUUUAUUGUAUUCCCGAAGAAGAAAUAAGUAUUGGACAACGGCGUGUAUUUAGCGCUGUUUGCAUAGCUACAGCAACCCUCUCAGCGUAURGUGCCUGUGUACAGCUGAGGUCUUGGAAUCGUCUUAUCAAAGGUUACGAAUCGAGACGAAAACCGUCUUCAAAUCCUGUGAUGGCAUUUUGCUUAGCUCUUGCUGAUUUAUUCACUUGUAUAGGCGUGAUUGCGAUGUCAAUAAUAUUCAUCACAAUGGAUCCACCGUUUACGGAGGAAAUGUUCGUACCAACAUUAGGCAAAAAACUUAACGUGACCACUACAAAGCACUGGUACAUGUAUGUUGGAGCUCCUAUAGAGAGUUUUACUAUGUUUUCAUAUGUUUCUUCAUACCUUUGGACAUUUGGAUAUGCUUUGGAUAUUUGUCUUCAAAUUUAUGAUAAAGACACAAGUAUCAGAAUGAGAGCUUAUCAGAUAGUAUUCUGGCUUGUGCCUGUGUGGUUGGUUGUAUGGGGUCAAAUUGGAUAUUUCACUCUCUCAAAUGAAUAUUGUUCUACUAAGUCUCAAGAAAUCUUGCAUUACAUGGUGUGUUUUGUGCCUCUUGUUUGUGUAUUCCUUGUUCUACCAUUUAUAUAUCUCCUGGCGUACAGAAAAGUCCGGAAAAAUGUCAAGUUUGCACAUGCGUGUUACACGAAUGCAGAAAGGCAGCUUCUAUUUGCUGUUAGAAAAAAGUUUUUUCGGAUUUGGCUCGUGUUUGUCCUGUGCUGGAUAACAAACGUUGUCGAUGGCUUUCUUGAUGUACAUGAACUUUUUAAAAGCGGCAGUCAAGCUUACAUAGUGGAAAACGAAGAGAUCUCCCCACAUUCCGUGGCACACUUUCCAAUCUGGAUGAUCGAGGCGGUUCUCAACCCUCUUCAAGGAUUCCUCAAUUGCUUAGUGUAUGGUCAAUCUACUGAGCUGACACAAUGUUGGCGAAACUGCUUCAAUCCUCCACAAACCCAGUAUGCUGAAGUCUGUUGUAGUCAAACAACAACAGACACGAUUGAAAACUACCUCAUCAACAGCCACGAUAGACUCGAAACUUCUUCGAUACAACCACAGUACAAUAGCUACAGAUCGUCGAACACUAGUACAGUAGGACUUAGUACAGAGUCGCCAAAUGAAAAGAGAUUCGUGGCAAGAUUACUAGGAGAACCACGAAUUACAUAGUUGAGUAAAAGAAUAAAUUUAAAACCGUAAAAAGUAGGUGAAACAACUUACCGAUGUUUCGGACGUCCUUCGUUGGAGUAAAGGACGAAGGAUUAACGUUGGACGAAGGAUUAACGUCCGAAACGUCAGUAAGUUGUUUCACGUACUAUCUUACGGGGUUAAAUUUAUCUUUUUUUACUACUGUGUCUUUAUAGAAACACCGACACAGCUCACACUAGUUUACCGGUAGUUUCUCCACGACGAAUUACAUAGUUCUAAGUUAAAAUAUUAAAUUAUGGAGUGCAAAUACUGAAGAGCCUGAAAUUCAUCGCAAUAGUCAUCGUAAAGUCAUUGAACUCUUGAAGCAAAACUUGACUAUGAAAGUGUGGUUGUCAGAUAGACACUGCAAAAGAAAAUAAUGCAAUUAGAGCGUACUAACGUGUAUUAGUGUAAUAUCUAUUUCACGGUUUUUUGAUAUCACUCUAAAGCUGUGAAACAAAAACUCGACUAUUUUUAAAUUAAAAGAGUGAUAGUCAAAUAGACACAAAAGAAAACAAUGAAGUUAGAGCGUACUAUAAAGAUGUAUUAGUAUAAUAUCUGUUUCACGGUUUUUUUUUGUUUUGUUUUUUCACUCGUCUUUAGUAGCACCUAGCACGAUAUUAAUAGGUAUUUGCACUCUAUGGAAAAAUACAUCGCAUUAUCAUAGACGUAACUUAUGUACGGACAUUUUUUAUGUAUGAACGAUUUUCAGUCCGUUUUUCUGGACUAUAGUGAAUGAAUUUUUGUCAGAAAUCAA